AUGUUAGUUAGUAUACCAGAUAUAUCAUAUAAACAAAGACAAGAAAUUAUUCUUAAAAAUAUUGAAAAAUAUAAAAACAAUUGGUCAUCAAAAUCAACAAAAAAACAAUUUAAAAUUGGUGAUACAGUGUUUUUAUUAGAAACAUUAAAUAAAAAGAAAACAUUGUUCAUUAUAAUCAAGCAAAGGAAAGAACCCAUGAUUUUACCACAGUACAAUGAUUUAGAUGAUUCAAAUGAUUCAAAUGAUUCAAACGAUUUAACUUCUUUUACAUCAAAUUUGUACCUAUCAAACCAUAGAAAAGUUGUUGAGAUAUUAUUAUCUUUUACAAAGAAAAUUGGGUAUGAUCUUACUAAUUACAAUUUUAAUGCAAUCGCAAUUCCAGAUGAUCCUUUAAAAACUUUAAAUCCACCAGAUAUUGUCUCUCAAACACCAUCAAAUCCACCAACCAUUGUUACCAUAGCACCAUCAAAUCCACCAACCAUUGUUACUCAAGCACCAUCAUAUACACCAACCAUUGUUAUUCAAGCACCAUCAAAUCCACCAGCAAUUGUCACUCAGACACCAUCAAAUACACAAGCAAUUGUCACUCAAACACUUUCAAACCAUCCAGAUAAUGUCAUUGUACCCAUGUUGUCUCCAAUCAAAAUUCAACAUAACAAACAGAUCAUCCUAAGAUCCCUAAAACAUGACUCCCCUCAAAAACCAAAAAAAUAUUAA